AUGGAGAAGAUCAGCGAAACAGAGUCCUCUGGGAAAUCAAGCAGUAAUGUUGGGAAGCAAGUGAUCCUGCCAGAGAGGGAGGAUUCCACGCUUGAUGAUAGCAUACAUUUCAAUACAAAUGAGCAAGAAGUGGUUGUUCAAGAUGACGGGAUUGAAAAGGCAGCCAUUAGCUGUCUGCGAUUCUUCGUCCUGUUCCUCAUGAUAGGAUCAACCAUCGGUGCCGGUGUUGCAACCUGGAAAUUCCUCUCAAGUCAAGAGCAGGAAGAUUUCAACAAAGAAUUUGAUGUGAUUGCAGAGGACAUCAAACAGCUUAGCUACAGGCGAAUGACAGAAAAAGCUGACGAUUUUGCAUCCUUGGCAUCUACUUUGACGGGACUAGCAAUCAAUUCCAACACAAUAUGGCCUUUUUUCACAGACUCGAACUUACCUAUGAUCGUUUCAAACUUUAUGGCUACAACGGGAGCGGGUCUCGUAUUCCUUGCACCAUUAGUACAGGGUGAACAAGAAAGAGAAAAAUGGGCCAACUACUCACAGCAAAACCAAGGCUGGAUUGCAGACGGCGUUGAAUUUACAAAACAACAAGGACUGCUGAAUGUUUCAGACAUUUACCCAACCAUCUUUCGGCGCUCGAAUGGAGAAAAUGUCGCAGAGGAAGGCUCGGGGCCAUUUCUUCCGCUUUGGCAAUUUUUUCCGUCUAGGGAUAGCCCACUUGUCAACUUCAAUAUGCUUUCAGAUCCCCACUACAAAGAAGUUUUCAACUCUGUUGUUGAGAGCAAGGAACUCGCAAUGACCGACUACUUGGGCAUCACAAACCAGGACUUAGUGGAACUAAGCGGUCCCGACACUCAAUAUCUUGUAUCUGUCCAACCAACCAGUCUGUUUCUCACACCGGUCUUCAAGGAUUCCACAAACCAAGAAGUUGUUGCAAUCUUGAACUCCGAUGUGAGUUGGCUACCUAUGUUUGCACGGGCAAGUGAUGAGGACAUUCCACCUGUCGAUGUUGUAAUUGAUGAAGGUUGCCAACGAAGGAUCACCAUUCGAAUCACAGCUCAAAAAGCAGAGUUCAUCGGCUUCGUAGACUCCCAUGACUCAACCUAUGAUGAUUAUGAAGUUGCAUUUCCGUUUGCACCAGAUGUACCUUCACAUCACCUCGCUGGUCCUGAUUGCUCCUACACAAUCCGCGUUUUCCCGACGAAAGAAUUCUGGGAAAUAUACCAUACCAGCAAUCCUGGGACAACUGCUGGAAUCGUCACUGCGGCAUUCUUCUUCAUUGGCAUUAUCUUCUACCUUUACGAUGCCGCCGUGCAUUUUCGCCAAAAGCGAAUUCUCAGGGUGGCUUCACAAUCAGAGCAAAUUCUUUCGGUAUUGUAUCCAAAGUCCAUUAGGGAUCGACUUUUUGGUAUUGAAGAAAAGAAAGAAGAAGAACACAAAAGCGUACCUACAACGAAGAGGAAACAAAUGAAAGAGGAUCUUAUUAAGGCUAGCAGGUACCAACUCAAGCAUUUCAUGAAGAGUUCUUCGCCGUCAGGCCAAGGCGACUCAUUGGAAGGCUUCGGCUCCAAGCCAAUUGCCGAUCUAUUUCUCAAUGCGACCGUUAUCUUUGCAGACAUUGCUGGAUUCACCGCAUGGAGUUCUGUCCGCGAGCCUGCUCAAGUAUUCACUCUGCUUGAAACUGUCUAUCGAGCCUUCGACACAAUUGCCAAACGAAAAAAGGUGUUCAAAGUAGAGACGGUUGGGGAUUGCUAUGUGGCGGUCACUGGUUUGCCUGAACCGACCAAGGCGCAUGCAUCAAUCAUGGCUGGAUUCGCUCGAGAUUGCGUAAGCAGGUUCGUCGACUUGGUAAGUGUCUUGGAAACCACGCUUGGACCUGAUACUGGCGAUCUUGGUAUUCGAGUCGGCAUGCAUAGUGGUCCAGUGACGGCCGGUGUCCUGCGUGGAGACAAGUCUCGUUUCCAACUGUUUGGAGAUACCGUCAACACGGCUGCGAGAAUCGAGUCGACUGGUAUGCGUAACAGGAUUCAAAUGUCAGAAGAAACUGCCGAUCUGCUAGCUGCUGCUGGCAAAGUGCACUGGCUACGGCGCCGUGACGAAGUUGUGACAGCCAAGGGUAAAGGAAAGCUGCAAACAUACUGGCUACUCACUAAGGAAGAGGAACGUGCUGAAAUGGAAGCCGCAGCGGAUAAAUUAUCUUCAGAAAACGACAACAGGGCUGUGAUCCAAGAGCAAAUCAACCAGGCUCCAUUGGACAUCAAGACAUGUACUCUUGAAGAGGUCGAAAGUCUCCUCUCGCCCAAGGUUCGAAGGCUUUGCAAGUGGAACGUCGACGUCCUUGCAAAGCUACUUCGUCAGAUCAUUGCCCAUCGCAACUCUUCCGAUGCCGUCCACAGUAGCAACGAAGACGUCCUCUCUGAAAGAGAAAGCGAGAUUCGUGAUCAAUACAUGGUUCUCGAUGAGGUUGUCGAGAUCAUUCCUCUUCCAGGUUUUGAUCCUCGAGUUUACAGGGAACAACAAAACCCAGAAGAAGUCCAUCUUCCAGAUGCUGUCAUCGACCAAAUGCGGCUGUACGUGGCUUGUAUGGCGACGAUGUAUCGUGAUAACGCAUUCCACAACUUCGAGCAUGCUAGUCACGUCAUGAUGUCGGUUUCCAAGCUGCUUUCUCGCAUUGUCUCGGCAGAUGAUGUUUUUAAUGCAGACGAAAACGCAGCAAUGUCAAGGAAUUUACAAUGGUCGAUUCACGAUCACACAUAUGGCAUCACGUCCGACCCCAUGACUCAAUUUAGUGUCAUUUUGGCAGCCCUCGUUCAUGAUCUUGACCAUCUUGGUGUGUCCAACGCUCAGCUCGUCAAAGAAAAUCAUAAACUCGCAAAGGUAUUCAAGAGCCAGAGUGUUGCCGAGCAAAACUCUAUCGUGCUAGCAUGGGAUAUCUUGAUGGAUGAGCGAUUCCAUGACUUCCGACGAAUGAUUUACACGGCUCCGUUUGAACUCGAAAGAUUCCGUCAGCUCAUGGCCAAUACUGUCUUGGCGACCGAUAUCUUUGAUAAGCAGCUGAACACCCUCCGUCGCAAGCGUUGGGAUCUUGCAUUCCAUGGCAGCGCAUCAGCUCUUCAACAAGCUGAGGAUACCACCAGAGACAAUGUCAAUCGCAAGGCUACGAUUGUCAUUGAGCACUUGAUCCAAGCUUCUGAUGUGUCCCACACCAUGCAGCAUUGGCAUAUUUACUGCAAGUGGAAUGAGCGACUAUUCCAAGAGAUGACGGCAGCUCAUAAAGCUGGUCGUCUGGCGUUCGAUCCCGCGGAGAAGUGGUAUGAAGGAGAGAUGGGGUUCUUUGACAAUUAUGUGAUUCCUUUGGCAAAGAAGUUGAAGGAAUGUGGUGUAUUUGGGGUUGCUAGCGAUGAGUACUUGAACUACGCAAUGGAGAACCGUCGCGAAUGGGAAGAAAAGGGACAAGAGUUUGUCGCUGAUCUGGUAAGAAAGCAUGGUCAGAAGAAGUCGACCAGUUCUCGCCUGUCAAAGAGUCCAAAACGGAACAGUAGACGCAUGAGUUUGACUGUUGGCUACAUGUCAAAGGUGGAAUCCGCAUAG